CAUCCAUCUUUCGACAACUUCAUUGCACUAUCCCCCCAUCAUCACCCAAAAAAUAACAGGGAAUUAGUAGCCCACGAUGACUACGGCCCACAGACCUACAUUUGAUCCCGCACGAGGCAAGGAAGCCCUCCGCGGCCCAGCCUACCACCAGCGCCUCCUCCCCGCCCAUACACAGCUCAAAUACCGCCAAUCCGGCCAAGGCGGUGAUGCCGACGACGACGGUUCCACGCGCGACCUUGCUGCCGAGCUUCUCGCUGCUGAGUCUGCCCACUUCUCCAAGAAGAAGGGCAUCAGCGCCCCCGGCGAUGACGACGAUGAAGAUGAGGACGAGACUGCCGCCUCCCUGCACGGCGAGAAGCGAGCGCUACCCCCCCAAGAUAAUGAAGAAGAAGAAAGCUUAGAAGCAAAGAGACGGCGGAUAUUAGCGGAAACAAGAGACAUCGAUGCGGAUGACAGCGAUGAAGACAACGACGAUGAUGAUGAUGAUAGCGACGACGACAGUGACGAUGAAGAUGCAGAGCUGCAACGAGAGCUGGAGCGUGUGCGUCGCGAGCGAGAGGAGAAGAAGAAGCGCGAGGAGGCGGAGCGGGCGGCCGAAGAGGAAGAUGCGCGAACGCGCAAUAUCGCCCUGGGUAACCCGUUGCUCAAUAAACAGGAUUUCACAAUGAAGAGGCGCUGGGACGACGAUGUCGUGUUCAAGAACCAGGCCAGAGGCACAGAGGACCGAAACAAGAAGAAGGAGUUUGUCAACGAUAUGCUACGAUCGGACUUCCACAAGAGAUUUAUGAAUAAAUAUGUUAGAUAAUUUUGUAUUAGAUUAUGUAUAUACCACCCAACCAAGCGAUUUACUCUUUUUCUUCUACUUUUCCUCCUCAAGCAGUCUAUGCUCCAUCUCUUCAAACGCGCUAAGCACGCUUCCGUACUGCUCGUAUACGCCUUGUCUGUAGCCAAUGUCUACCUUUUCCACGGAUCCCUCCUCCUUCCAUCUAGCGCCGAUAAGAUCAUCAAAGGUCUCGCCGUCCUUGCGCUCAAGUCCCCAGAGAGCCUUGUACGCACCGCCCAUGGCGCAUGCGUUGCCGCCAACAUCCAACUUAUACACGCCCUCAGCGCCGCCAAGGACAGAGCCAAUCACGGAUGCAAUGGCAGGGUUCAGCGAACCUCCACCAACAAGGUAGAUGCGGCGCGGCUGAGCGGGGAGUAAGUCGUCCGGCUUGUGAACGAGCGCCUGGGAGCGAAGUCGCAUAGACAGGGCCUGGGACUCGACAAUGGCGCGGGCGUCCACGGCAGGCGACCAUUUAGACUCGGACGGGUGCAGGUUAGAGCCGUCGGCGGCACAUUCGUAGCGGUAUGUGCCUGCGCGGAUGUUGGGCACGGUUUCGCGCAAGUCAAAGUAGAGGCCAAUCUUGGCGUUGUCCGUCUCUUCGUUGGUGACGUCGAGCGGCUUUGUGUCGAAGAUGGCCUUGUUGAAGUUCUCCCAGCCAGUCGGGCCGUUUUCUGGCUUUGGUAGCGCAUCGCGGACCUUUUCUCGCGAGAGGCCACCGUUCUUGUAGCACAGCAUGAACAUGUAGUGGCCUGCAGUUGUGGGGUGGUUGAAGAAGUGGUAUGCGCCGUCGGGCUUGUAGGCAGGUGUGUUCAUGAGGAAGGUUGUCGAAGUGCCUAACGACACAAUGGCAUCAAGAGGGCGCAGUGGCAGCGCGAGGAUAGUCGCAGGGUUGUCGCCGGUAAACGGGAUGAUCUGGCAGCCCUUGUUGAAGCCGUAGCGAGAGACAAAGUAGUUGGAAAUGGAGCCGAGGGACUUGCCACCGUCCAUGGCCGGGGCACCCAGCUUGGCGCGCAGGUCCUCAACGCCGUCUGCGCCGCCGGCAAGGGCAAGGAGCUCGUCGUUGUAGCGCUGGUUCGGGAUGUCCCAGAGGUUCAUGCCGCAGACGUCGCCGACGUCCAUGGGGGCGAUGGAUCCGAGGAGCACGGAGGCGAGCCACGAAGAAACGAGGGCGAUUCGGUGUGUGUUGGCGUACAUGUCGGGGAGAACACGGCGGAGGCGCAUGAUUUGUGUGCCGGUGAAGCGCUG